GUACUGUAGCUGAGCACUUCUGCCUUUAGUGUUGUGAGUACAAUGGAGCUGCAGCAACGUUUUUCUGCGUCUGAGAAUGAAUACGAACAACACAGUGAUACAGAUAUAGAGAACAGGGGCAGGCAGAAAAAUGAAACUCUUAAAACAGAAGAUAUUUACCAAACUCUUCAGUUUCCACCAGCAGAUCGAAGAACUGUUAACCAAACUGCACUAAUGUCAGAAAAGCCUUGUAAGGGGAAUUAUGUGUAUUUACUGUUUGCCGUGAACAUUCUUAUCUCGGUUGUCACCCUUGCCAUUGUGGGCUUAAAUUACUCUCACAACCAAGAAAAACAACCAAUAAAAGGACAAAAAGAAGUGUGGCUUCUGUAUGACAAUGUGUUUUAUUUGUUCUGGAGUGACUACAGUAACUGUUACGCUGCCAAAAGCUUCUGCUCUAAAAGAAAUUCCUCCUUGGCCAUUUUAUCAGAGCUUAAUAAGGGCUGGCUGAUCUCCAGAACUAAUGGAAAGCCAUUUUGGAUCUUACCAGCCCCAUCAGAAGAAUCUGGAUCAUCAUAUGUGGAUGAUGAAGAUCAUGAGUGCGGCCUCGUGAGCUCUAAUGCUGAUGCAAAUGAUCAAGAAGGGUUUGUGUGUGCUAAAGGAGUCGAUCAUGUCAGUGGAUGAGUGGAUGGGGUACAGAUGAACAAAAGGGGAGUUUCAAGGGUUUCAAAAGAGUGUCACCAAACCUCUGAUGGUCUUCAUCUUCUCAAGCAGUGCCUGUAUAACUUUUUUGCUUUUUCUGUGUAACUUCAUGUAGGCUACUGAUUUAUUGUGCAAUUAUUUCACAUUAACUUUUCAAGAUUAA